UACAAACUUUAAAGCUUUAAAGCUUCUACUAAGCUUCUAGUAAUGGCAAAGUACCUUCGAGUGUCACUUAGAAGGAGCCUCUACUGUUCACUUCCAGGCAAAAGCAACGCGGGCCUCUGUCAAUGGAGAUUACAUGGGAAUCUUCACUUUUGACAUGACGCGCGUAAAUCUUUUUUUAAAAUCGCUUUUAAAGUGUAAACCUACAUACUCCUCGUUAUUAUUAUUGACGAGAUCUUUUGCUCAGAGCUAACAUACUGCUCCGGGAUCGUCUGGGAAUCCCAGACCGAGAAAACUGCAAGUGAAUAUUUGGUAAAGUAAUCGCAGAUAAGUUUCCAUGAAUAAAGCAAAUGCAAAAUGUGUAACACAUAUGCAUGUGUCUACUUUACAUCUACUCCCAUUCACAUCAUUUCUGUGUGGUUGAUUUAGCAGAAAUUGAACAAAAUCCAGGAGCAUGACAUAUCCCCCUUUUCUAUAUAACACCGCACGCGCAGGGUUUUCGUGCAAGAAAAAACAGUUUCCACGGGUCGGACUUUCAUGAUGAUGGCAGGAUGGCCGAAGUUACCUUUGUGCAGUGGAGCAGCCUAGGUCGUGAUUAUCGCGUUGCUAAACGAGCACAAUAUUGAAAAUAACGUUCUGCAUGGCCAGCAAAAUAUGACUUAUUAGCAUAGUGCGCACGUUUUUCCGAUUACAACGCUUAGUAGCACUGCUGACACGGUCACGUGAGGUAGGAAGAACAUGUUUUUCGAGUGGAAGUCGAAGUUCAUUUCCGCACCGUAGCAAAAUUUAAGCUACACCGUUUGUAACCAUGUGUAGAAAAGGGGCCUGAUCUGGCUGUCCAUCCCAUUGACACACAUGCAUUUCCCGUUUCUAACGCUCCUGUAGCAAGUCAAUAAAUUGCAGUAUGGUCCUAAAUUUUAUUUAACAGGUGCAUACUGAGGUUCAGUUGGGGAUAAGCACCUGGAACAGAACAACAUCAAGGAACAGGACACAGACACCGUGCAGAAGCAGGUGUGAAAAACGAGGCUUCAUCUUCAGAAAACGGAAAGCUAUCGGGACCGGUUUUCUUUGUGAUAUAAACAAAAAGAACUGCAUCAACAUUAAGAAAAGAACCUCGAUUCUCUGAAAAGAAUUUGAAGAACUGUUCACAUAGGACAAGGAAGGUGGUAUUGUCUCGGCAACUUCACCUUCAUGGAAGACUUUGACGACUCUUGUUACUACGCAAUUCAUGGUACCUUUCCAAGCACACGGUCACAACCUCAUGAAAAUAUUAAAAAAAUGCAUCAUGAACGAAACACUAGACAAUUGAGACGACAGGAUCAUGAAACCAGCAGACCAGUUUCCAUUACAACUAGAGAUGGGCCAACUGAAUCCUCCAAUCCCAGGCAGGGAUUCGGGAAUCCGAAUCCCAAUGGCAAAAAGACGGGUACCCCUCUCUGGCACGUCUUCUGUCUUGACCGGGAACCCUUGAAGACAGGGCUGGCCCUCUGAGAAACGUUUACUCCCCAUGAAGGAAGAGGCAAAAGAUACUCGUGUCUUGGAGUCAUCACGUAUGGACCCCUCGGAUUCUCAACGCAAAGAAAUGCGGCUCUCCCCAGAGUUGAGUGAUCAGCUCGUGAGAGUGAAAUCGGAACCACCUGAUGUUGCGUGCCUGCCAGAAGAGAGCCAGUCACAGCAACAGCACUGCAAUGAUCCUUCACUAGGAGGUGAUGCUGAUGGAGUGACAUCUGGGACGUGCCGCAUCAAAGAAGAACCUCGAGAGGAAUCUUCGAAUGAACAUCCAAUCAUAGAAGUCAAGACGGAGCCUUACAACAUUGCAGUCUUGACAGAACAGGACCAGAUGGGACACAGCUGUGACUCAACAUCAGAAGACGCAAGAGACAGCACUGAUACGCUCCAUAUUAAGGACAAGCCUAGAGGCACUUGUGAUCAAGAAUACUCUGGUUGCGCUUCUUCAAGUGCACAGUUCAAGAUCAGCACAGCAACGGUUGAACUGCAGUUCGACAGCACUGCACUAGUCACUAUGAAUGAUCGACACGCUGAGCAACAUAGAGACCAGAGCAAGCCACAGGCACUUGCAUGCAUGUCGAAAGCCAGCCUCGAAUGCCACAUGUUUGCACACUGUCACAACGAGUCUGAAAAGUGUUCCACUACUCCCCCAUCGGAUGUUCAGAUGGGAGGGAUGGGUUCUGGGUGCAACAUCUGUCCCUCUGCAUUCUCGUGGUCUGCAGGUGAUGAGAACCACAUGGCUCCAGAGUUCAGCAUGAGCCGGAACCUACAGCAGCACAAGUGGACAGAUUCAUCCAAGAAGCCAUACAAGUGCGAUGUCUGGCCUGCGGAGCUCACCCGGAGUGGUCACCUGGAGCAGCACAAGCGGACACACAUGGGUGAGAAGCCAUACAAGUGCGAUGUUUGCCCUGCGAAGUUCAGUCAGAGUGGGCACCAACAGCAUCAUAAGAGCACACACACAGGCGAGAAGCCAUACAACUGCGAUGUCUGCCCUGCUGAGUUCAGCCAGAGCGGGCACAUCCAGCGUCACAAGCAGUCACACGCAGGUGAGAAGCCAUACAAUUGCGAUGUCUGCCACGCAGAGUUCAGUCGCAGCGGGCACCUACAGCAGCACAAGCGGACACACACGGGUGAGAAGCCAUACAAGUGCGAUGUUUGCCCUGCGAAGUUCAGUCAGAGCGGGCACCUACAGCAGCACAAGCGGACACACACAGGCGAGAAGCCAUACAAGUGCGAUAUCUGCCACGCAGAGUUCAUCCGCAGCGGGAACCUAGAGCAGCACAAGCGGAUACACACGGGCGAGAAGCCAUACAAGUGCGAUGUCUGCCAUGCACAGUUCAGCCUGAUCGGGCACCUACAGCAGCACAAGCGGACACACACGGGCGAGAAGCCAUACAAGUGCGAUGUCUGCCAUGCAAAGUUCAGCCUGAUCGGGCACCUACAGCAGCACAUGCGGAUACACACGGGCGAGAAGCCAUACAAGUGCCGUCUGUGUCCUGCAGUGUUCAGACAGAGCGGAACCUUGUCACGUCACAAGCGAACACACACGGACGCAAGAAAAAGUACGGAUACGCUCCAUAUUAAGGACAAGCCCAGAGGCACUCGUGAUCAAGAAUAUUCAGGUUGCACUUCAAGUGCACAGUUCAAGAUCAGCACAACAACAGUUGAACUGCAGCCCGGCACCACUGCACUAGUCACUAUGAAUGACCAGUCCUUCGAGCGACAUCGAGACCAGAUGGAUGUUCAGAAGGGAGAGAAGGGUUCUGGGUGCAACACCUGUCCCUCUGCAUUCUCGUGGUCUGGAAGUGACAAGAACCACGUGGCGAAGUAUCCUGACAAGAGGCCAUACAAGACCGAUGUCUGCCCUGCAGAGUUCAACCUGAGCGGGAACCUACAGCAGCACAAGCGGACAGAUUCAUGCAAGAAGCCACACAAGUGCGAUGUCUGCCCUGCGGAAUUCAGCCGGAGUGCUCGCCUGCAGCAGCACAAGCAGACACACACGGGCGAGAAGCCAUACAAGUGCAGUGUCUGCCCAGCGGUGUUCAGUCAUAAAAGAUACCUAAGGUGUCACAAGCGAACGCACACGGGCGAGAAGCCAUACAAGUGCGAUGUCUGCCCUGCGGAGUUCAGCCACAGCGGGAUCCUACAGCAGCACAAGCGGACACACACGGGCGAGAAGCCAUACAAGUGCGAUGUUUGCCCUGCGGAGUUCAGUCAGAGGGGGCACCUGCAGCAGCACAAGCGGACACACACGGGUGAGAAGCCAUACAAGUGCGAUGUCUGCCAUGCAGAGUUCAGUCUGAGUGGGAACCUACAGCAUCACAAGCGGACACACACGGGUGAGAAGCCACACAAGUGCGAUGUCUGCCCUGCGGAGUUUAGCCGGAGUACUCACUUGCAGCAGCACAAGCGGACACACACGGGGGAGAAGCCAUACAAGUGUGAUGUCUGCCAUGCAGAGUUCAGCCUGAGUGGGAACCUACAGCAUCACAAGCGGACACACACAGGCGAGAAGUCAUACAAGUGCGAUGUCUGCCCUGCGAAGUUCAGUCAGAGCGGACAGUUAUGGCAUCACAAGCACACACACACGAGCUAGAAGCCAUACAAGUGCGAUGUCUGCCAUGCAGUAUUCAGCCAGAGCGGGACCCUACAGCAUCACAAGCGGUCACACACGGGUGAGAAGUCAUACAAGUGCGAUGUCUGCCCUGCGAAGUUCAGUCAGAGCGGACAGUUGCAUCACAAGCGCACACACACGAACUAGAAGCCAUACAAGUGUGAUGUCUGCCAUGCAGUAUUCAGCCAGAGCGGGACCCUACAGCAGCACAAGCGGUCACACACGGGUGAGAAGUCAUGCAAGUGCGAUGUCUGCCCUGCGAAGUUCAGCAGGCGCGGGAACCUACAGCAGCAUAUGCAGACACACACGGGCGAGAAGCCAUACAUGUGCAAUCUCUGUCCAGCAGGGUUCAGAAAGUGCACAACCUUGUCAUGUCACAAGCGAACACACACGGGUGAGCAGCCAUAAAAUUGCAACAUCAGUCUUGCAGUGUUCAUCCACAGCACGAACUUGUGGUGCGAUACAAGUGCGGUCUCUGUCCUGCAGAAUAUCACAAGCGGACGGCCACAGGCGAGAAGCCAGAAAACAGUAUUCUCUGUUCUGCUGACCGGAGGCACAGCAGAAACCUGCAUUGUAACAAGAAGACCUACAUGGGUGUGAAGCCAUACAAGUGCAACCUUGCAGAGUUCAUGUAGAGCAGGCACACACACAGUUAAAGAAGCUGCUAGGGCUAGUUCAGUCAGGGCCAUAACCUGUGGCUUAACAUGUAGCCAGGAUACACUUGUGAUGGCAACCAUGCAAGUGCGCAGAAGCCACAUACACGUGAAAGUGCGCAAGCCCUGAGCUGUCCUGUGUGCUGGACCCAGACACAUGCAGAACAUGCUGAUGCGCAGAUAGGAGAAUGCUGACACAAUCUGUCUCCCGCCAUAUUUUACUUGUGUUUGACAUUUUGAAACUCGCACGCAUGGACGAAAG